UUUUUUUUUUUGCCAAAGUAAAAGAGAUUGUAGGCUCUCAUCUGCCAAGUGCAUGUUGGUGUCUCUCAGCUGUUUGCAUUCUGCCCAGCCCUCACAGGAUCUGUUACAAAUGAAUAAACUGCUUUGCAGCUAGCUGGAAUUGACAUAUUGUAGGAAAAAAGAGACUGGCAAUAAUGCCAGGUUCAGCAGCUGCUCUCCGGCAAGAGCGGCUAAAGAAGCCAGGCGUGAGGCCAAAUACACCUGUUCUGUUUACCAUUAAUGAGGAGGACGAGCAUCAAAAGAACAACCAUUCCAAGAGAUUAAAAGUAUCUGAAAACUCAAAGGUACCAGAUAAAAAAGCUGUCUCAUCCCGCCGGCCCUCUUCUGCCCCUUUAGGGCAGGGCACUAAUCCUGCAGGAGCCAAGCCAGUACUAAAAGUUGAUGAAAGACAACGACUGGCCAGAGAACGGAGAGAAGAACAGGAAAAGAUUUUAGUGGCGAGAGAAGCUGCUUGGCUAGAAAAAGAAGAGAGGGCAAGGCAACAUUAUGAAAAACAUCUUGAGGAACGUAAAAAGAAAUUAGAAGAGCAGAGGAUAAAGGAAGAAAGAAGGCGAGUUGCAGUAGAAGAAAAACGGAAGCAGCGAAUAGAGGAGGACAAGGAACGACAUGAAGCUGUUGUACGUCGCACAAUUGAGAGGAGCCAGAAACCAAAACAAAAGCAAAAUAGGUGGUCCUGGGGAGGCACACUUCAUCGUAGCAGCAGCGUUAAUAACGCAGAUCCAGACAGGCGAUCUGUUUCAACAAUGAACCUUUCGAAACAUGUUGAUCCAGUCAUUAACAAGAGGCUCUCCUCCUCAUCUGCAACAUUACUAAAUUCUCCAGACAGAGCUCGACGUCUGCAGCUCAGUCCAUGGGAAAGCAGCAUUGUUAGCAGGCUUCUGACACCAACUCAUUCAUUCUUGGCCAGGAGUAAAAGUGUAGCAACUCUAUCUGGAGAUACAGUUAUCCCCAUUUGUCCUCGUUCAGCAUCUUGCAGCCCCAUCAGCCCUCUCUCCUUCAAGGCCAUAAGUUGCCAAAAUCCAGGAGACAGAGCAAAACUUUUUGGCACAGCUCCUGAUGUUAGACGGCGAAGGACCGCACAUUCAGCUGGGAGUAGCAGGAAAGGAAAGGAAAGGGGACUCUCAUCAGUUAAUCCUUCAUCUGGUAAAAAAAGAACUCGCUCACCUUCUACCUUCAGAAAUAAACCAGCUGCUUGGCAUGCCUCCAGAUCUUUGCCUGCUCUGCCAGGAACACCCAAAAAGAUCAUUUUACUUCCUGGAUCAUCCAAAACACCUUCCAUUCAAGCUCGCCCUCCUUCCCCUGGCAACAUUCGUCCACUAAAAAAUGAGAAAAAGGAAUUAAUGCAGGAAUCUGAGAAGACAACUGAAGAAAAGUCAGACCCUAAAAAAGCAACCUCAAGUCCCAGAGUGGCUGCUAGUGAAGAAGUACUUCCUUGUAAACCAGAGUCUAUGCAAAGUCCUGUUCCAGUUCUGCCCUCUGCUCCUUCAGCUGCUUCACUGUCCCCCAUCUGUAGCAAAUCUUCAGCAGGGACAACAGAUCCAGAGGAAGCAACCCGGUUGCUUAGCGAAAAAAGGCGACUCGCCCGAGAACAACGAGAACGGGAGGAGCAGCAAAGAAGGCAGCAGGAAGAGAUUGAAAGACAAAAGAAGGAGGCCUUGGCACAGAAGAUAGCUGAAGAAAGAGCACGCCGAGAGGAGGAAGCUCAGAAGCAGGAGGCAGAAAGGAAGCAGAAAGAAGCAGAACAGGAACAGGAGAAGGAAGAACAGUUACGCCGCUUGGCUGAAGAAAAGGAAGAGAAAGAAAGGAAGGAAAUGGAACUCCUUCAGAAGCAGAAGGAAGAGGAGACUCGGUUACGAGAAGACCAGAUUCGACAGGAGCGUGAAAAGCAUUUCCAAAGAGAAGGACAAGAGCGCUUAGAAAGGAAGAAGCGUCUUGAGGAAAUUAUGAAAAGAACUAGGCGAACAGAACCUGCAGAGAAGAAAUCAGAUGACCAGCAGAAUGGAGUGAUAGCAAAAGAAAUAGUGAGCAGCCCUACAUCUCCAUUAAGCCCUGUGAUGGGUUCUCAGGUUCAGUGCAUGGCAGAAACUCCACGCAAUGGGGAAAUGGUAAUUCAUACACCUGUGCUCAUUUCUCAUCAGCCCAGAGUAAACUUAGACAGUACUCUCAACCCACAAAAACAUCCAAAUGAAAAUGGAGUAUCUAUGCAGGAUGAAAAUUUUGAAGAACUCAUCAGUUUACCCAUAGGAACAAAACCUCCCAGAUUGGAUGCCAGGAGUCCUGAAGAGAAGGAUAACUCUGACAUUCCUCUGACUCCCAUUUUGGCCUUUGAAGAGAAAGGGGCACGAGGGUCAUUGCCUCAGGUAGACAAUGUUCAAACGCAUCAGACAGCAGGAUGGAACUACUUCUGCAGUUAAUAAUUGGUGCAUGGAUAUUGAAUUAUUGUCCCAUGAAAGGAAGACACUCUGAUCCAAUGGUGGCAUCACCAGCAGAAGGACAGAAAGUUGUCUGAGAUCUCCUCAUGAAUUAUCAAAGGCAAAGAAAAAGCCUCUGAAGCCAAUGGAAUCCCUUCCAUGCUAUGAAGGAGUGUUUUUUUUUUUUUCACUCUUGAAUUUUCUAAAGAUUUCUUGGAUGCUUUCUUUUUUUUAAGAAAAAAAGUAGUAAAACCAGCAGAAGAAUAUAUUGGGAAUAGAUUUGGAUUAUCUUUCUAUCAAAUAGAUCUCACUGCUAGGGGAGAAUUGUGUCUUCUGUUUCAAAAAUUGCUUCAUAUAGCAUAAUUGAUAUUUUCAGCAUUCUUGAAGAAAAGGUAACUGGAUUCUAACAACAGGAUGAUUGAGCUAAUGGGCCUGUCGGUUUUGUCUUGUUUUGAAGAUGGGUAGUUUUAAAAGGUAUACUGUAAAAUCAGCAAAGAAUCUUGCAUUUUACUGAUUCAAUACUUGAAAAGUAAACACCUCACUGCUCUCCAGGGAGGGGCUACAGGGUUUUUAUUUUGUUUUGUUUUGUUUAAACCUGUUGGUUUAAAUAUUAUUGCAGAGAACUAUUAAUUAUGGGGGCAAGAUAAAGGCUUCUGUAUCAGGUUCUUGUAAAUGUAAUUCCUAUAUGGACAUUCUGUAUAUUCAGUCAUCACUAUGCUCUUCUCGUGUUUUCUUUUAAAAAUAAAAUAACAUGACAGGUUUUAAAAUGUGAAAAAUUGAAAGCAUUAUUUUUUCAUAGGGGAAAUGAAAAAAGCCUGUUGUAUCUUAGAUAAUGUAUUUAUGAAUUUUGUUGAGUACAAAAUAAACAAUAGAAAAUGUGGCUACAA